GGAGGGGACGCUUCAACUGCGGCGCUGCCGGAUUCGCGGGUGGCCAGACCUCCCCGCCGCGCUCAGAACCCCGAUUCUCUGUGUUUUGCUCCCGUCUCCGACGAGAGAGGCGGCGACGGUGGCGUCUGCGACGGGAGAUAGCGCGUCGGAGCGAGAGAGCGCCGCGCCUGCCGCCGCCCCGACAGCGGAGGCGCCGCCGCCAUCGGUCGUCAGCAGGCCGGAGCCGCAGGCCCUCCAGAGCGCGGCCAUCCGUGCCCCGCUCCCAGAUCUCUAUCCUUUCGGGACCAUGCGCGGAGGCGGCUUCGGGGACCGGGACCGGGACCGGGACCGUGGAGGAUUUGGAGCCAGAGGUGGCGGUGGUGGUCUUCCCCCGAAGAAAUUUGGUAAUCCUGGGGAACGUUUACGUAAAAAGAAGUGGGAUUUGAGUGAGCUCCCUAAAUUUGAGAAGAAUUUUUAUGUGGAACACCCAGAAGUGGCAAGGCUAACACCAUAUGAGGUUGAUGAGCUACGCCGAAAAAAAGAGAUUACUGUGAGAGGGGGCGAUGUUUGCCCUAAGCCUGUAUUUGCUUUUCAUCAUGCUAACUUUCCACAAUAUGUAAUGGAUGUGUUGAUGGAUCAGCACUUCACAGAGCCCACUCCAAUUCAGUGCCAAGGGUUUCCUUUGGCUCUUAGUGGACGGGAUAUGGUGGGCAUUGCACAGACUGGCUCUGGGAAGACAUUGGCGUAUUUAUUACCUGCAAUUGUUCAUAUUAACCACCAACCAUAUUUGGAAAGAGGAGAUGGCCCAAUUUGUCUGGUUCUGGCUCCUACCAGAGAGCUUGCUCAGCAGGUACAGCAGGUGGCUGAUGACUAUGGCAAAUGUUCUAGAUUGAAGAGUACUUGCAUUUAUGGAGGUGCUCCAAAAGGUCCCCAGAUUCGUGACUUGGAGAGAGGGGUUGAGAUUUGCAUAGCUACUCCUGGACGUCUGAUAGAUUUCUUGGAGUCCGGAAAGACAAAUCUUCGCCGAUGUACCUAUCUUGUACUAGAUGAAGCUGACAGAAUGCUUGAUAUGGGAUUUGAACCCCAGAUCCGGAAAAUUGUUGACCAGAUCAGGCCUGACAGGCAGACCUUGAUGUGGAGUGCAACCUGGCCGAAGGAAGUAAGACAGCUUGCUGAGGAUUUUCUUCGUGAUUACACCCAAAUCAAUGUAGGCAAUCUGGAGUUGAGUGCCAACCACAACAUCCUCCAGAUAGUGGAUGUCUGCAUGGAAAGUGAAAAAGAUCACAAAUUGAUCCAGCUCAUGGAGGAGAUAAUGGCUGAAAAGGAAAAUAAGACAAUUAUAUUUGUGGAGACCAAGAGACGCUGUGAUGACCUCACUCGAAGGAUGCGCAGAGAUGGGUGGCCAGCUAUGUGUAUCCAUGGAGACAAGAGCCAGCCAGAACGAGAUUGGGUACUUAAUGAAUUCCGUUCUGGAAAGGCUCCCAUCCUCAUUGCUACGGAUGUAGCCUCCCGAGGGCUAGAUGUGGAAGAUGUCAAGUUUGUGAUCAACUAUGACUAUCCAAAUAGCUCAGAAGAUUACGUGCACCGCAUUGGACGGACGGCUCGUAGCACCAACAAGGGCACUGCUUAUACCUUCUUCACCCCAGGGAACCUAAAGCAGGCCAGAGAGCUGAUCAAGGUGCUGGAAGAGGCAAAUCAGGCUAUCAAUCCCAAACUGAUGCAGCUAGUGGAUCACAGAGGAGGAGGCGGCGGAGGGGGUAAGGGAGGUCGUUCUCGAUACCGGACAACUUCUUCAGCCAACAAUCCCAAUUUGAUGUAUCAGGAUGAGUGUGACCGGAGGCUGCGAGGGGUCAAAGAUGGUGGCCGAAGAGACUCUGCAAGCUAUCGGGAUCGGAGUGAAACCGAUAGAGCUGGUUACGCUAAUGGAAGUGGCUAUGGAAGCCCAAAUUCUGCCUUUGGAGCACAAGCAAGCCAAUAUGCCUAUAGUCAAGGCACCUAUGGUGCAGCUGCUUAUGGCACUAGUGGCUAUACGGCCCAAGAAUAUGGGGCUGGCACUUACGGGGCUAGUACCACCACCACCACUGGGAGAAGUUCACAGAGCACUAGCCAACAGUUUAGUGGGAUAGGCCGGUCCGGGCAGCAGCCACAGCCACUGAUGUCACAACAGUUUGCACAGCCUCCAGGAGCUACCAAUAUGAUAGGUUAUAUGGGGCAGACAGCCUACCAGUAUCCCCCCCCUCCACCUCCCCCUCCUCCUUCACGCAAAUGAGACCACUCAGGUGGUAGUGACUUGUGCAAACUUCAUACAGUUAAAGGAACACUCUGUCUCUUGGUUUCCCCCCCUUCUCUUCUUUUUUCUUUUUUAUUUCUUCCCCCCACCCAUUGUGCUUUGU